GGAGAAAUCGCUCGCCCAAACUUAACCGAUUCAAUCAGGGACAAAGAAAAACGCAUUUGCGAACGAUAACAAUGCAUUGUACUCGAAUAAAUAUAAUCGUUGAAGUCGUUAAACUUGUGAGUUACGGCGGAACUACUGCCUUAAAGCUGUUUAAACGAACAACUAUUUAUCGGUUCACCCCCCUCACUCCAUCCCACCGUCAGUUGGUUUCGUCUAAUUUAUGCCGUGACGUCACACUUUAAAGGGCGCAUGCAAUCAUCAGCUGUUCCGUAGAGCCGCGUUGCUGGCAAUGCGUGUGUGACUGCUUUUGUUGUUUAUGUUUUUUAAAAAACACCAUACAAAUAAUCAUUGAAUUUUAAACAGCCGCCACUAAAGCUUCUACGACGGUUUAAGAAGUCUCGCGCUUGAAUCUCGCUGACACGAAGACGGAGUUGAGCACGCUAACCACUGCGCCACCCGUCGGAUUGCGACCGCCGCUGCCCACACGUCCAUCCCGGCGGCUGCAGCUUGUCCCGCGCAGACGCGGCGAUGCUGCGGGACGAGCCGGGAGACUCUGCCGCAGUGUCCGAGGACGGGGAGAUGGAGUCCCCCAGCGGAGGAUCGGCCAGCGGCAGCCCCCCAGAGAGCCCUCCCGGCCUGGUGUCCCCCGAUGUGCACACGGCCACCCGGAGCCUGGAGAAGAUGAUCCUGGCGCACGAGAUCGCGCUCGACCCCGACUUCAGCCUCCAGCGCCACGCCCCUCCCGACGGGAGCCUUGAGAAAGCAGUGACGGAAGCGAUGCACAAGGCAUUCUGGGACAUCCUGGAGACGGAGCUGUUGAGGGAUCCCCCAGAAUUCAGCGGGGCGCUGCGUCUCAUGGGGGAAAUCCAGGAGACGCUGCUGUCCCUGCUGCCGAGCCCGACCCGGCGCUCGCUGCUGCCGGAGUCGCUCGAUGCCGGACUGCUGAUGCAGCAGGCGAAGGCGGGGACGCUGGACGUGGUGGAGGUGGGCGGCUCGGUGGUGCGCACGAUGGCGAUGCUGUGCGCGCCCAUGCGCGACGCCGACGUGCGAGCGCUGGCGCGGCUGGCGGAGGAUGCCGCCGGUGAUAAAGGCCGCAAAGACGUCAAGAUGGCGGUGUCACUGUACCGCGAGAUCUUCCGAGUGCUGGACCUCAUGAAGCAGGACUACGCCAACUUCUCCAUCCGCUGUGUGCGCCCGUGGCUGCAGGCCAACGCGGGCCGCUACGAGCAGUCUCAGUUUGAUCACUUCCUGCGCGCUGAGCCCAACGCGCUGGAGCUGACGCGGCGCUGGCUGGAGGCAGCCGUGAGCCACACGCCGUCGCGCGCCAGCGUCUUCACACCCGGUGCCACUGCCCGCACCCCAGGGGUCGUGACCCCCGUGCUCGAUCCCUCGGUCGUGCUGAGCCAGGCCUUCCUCGACCUGCUCGCCUGGGAGCCAGGCGAGCCCUACCCAGAGACGGUGGCGGCGGACCGCGGGCGCCUGGAGGAGGCAGCUGGGCAUGUGCGGCGCCUGCGGGUGCAGGCGAGCGUGCUGCUGGUGCUGUGUGGUGGCGGCUGGGCGCGCGAGCUGGUGCGCGGGCAGCAGGCGUUCCUCGCUCACGCCAAGCACGUGGUGGACGCGCUCACGCAGGGAGCCUGCCACCCCCCGGCCAUGCUAGCCGAGGCGCUGGGUGCCGUGUCGGAGCAGCUCGACGUCGAUCUGUGCCGCCUGGCCGAGCAGCGAGGCCUCCACGAGACCCCCGCGGCGGCACGCGCCGCCCUGUGCGGCCAGAUCCGGGACCUGUGCAAGCCCGGCAACCCAGUCGCGUCACUCGUGGCGAGCCGCGUGAACGACUACCUGAAAGGGGUUGUGGAAGGACGGUCGUCCAUUUCGAUGCCAGGAGGACUUGCGCCGGUGGGGCCGGAGCUGGAAAACGUGGCUAUGAAGUUUGCCCGCCUGGUGAUGCACAACCGCAACGUCUUCGGAACCCACUACUUGCGCAUCCUCUGUGGUCUCAUCGUGUCACCGGCGCAGGCAGGCCUGCCAGGCAAGGCCUAGGCUUCCCCCGUCGGUCUCCACGACAAACUCCCCCUUCUCCCUUGCCCAGAAGUCGCAACCGGGUACCCGAUACCCGUAACCUACCCGAUACCCGUACCCUACCCAAUACCCGGCGACCCGUACCCGGCCGGGUACGGGUACCCGUUUGCGACCCUGGUGCGGCCGGGUACGGGUACGGGUAAACCGUGAGUCACUGGUGAGUAACCGUUUGUCACUCAUUUCCCAACGUCUUGUGUUUUCUCACAAUUCAAGUUCCUAGAAUCAACCCACCCGCGCCUGCAACGUGGCUUCAUCCCAGAGGUCGCAAUCGGGUACCCGUACCCUACCUACCCGAUAUCCGGCCGGGUAUGGGUAGCCGGGUAUUGGGUAGGGUACGGGUACCCGUUUGCGACCCUGGUGCGGCCGGGUACGGGUACGGGUAAGGGAUCAAAACCCGUUUGCGACCUCUGCCCUUGCCCCCUCAAAGUUAAAGACUUAAUCAGGACAAGGCGGUUGACUUUCUUGUCGUCUGAUUGGUCAAUAGGGCGCCAUACAAAUUGUUUCGAUUUAAAGCUUUCGUGACUGCAGGGAUUCAUCUUCUUGGUUCUUUCGGUAAAGUCACGUAGAAGGGAAAUAAUAAAGUAAUAAAAAUAAAACAUAAUAAAAUAAUUCUCACGACUUUCCGACAGACCUGUUCUUCACCUGAGGACGGCUGCUUGCGUUGUGGCCGAAACGUCGUGAGAAUUAUUUUAUUAUGUUUUAUUUUUAUUACUUUAUUAUUUCCCUUCUACGUGACUUUACCGAAAGAACCAAAAAGAUACAAAUUGUUGAUCUGGGUCAUGUGACUGGCGGUGCUGAUGGAAAGGGGCGGCUCGAGAAAAGGGGAAAUAUGGGAGAAUGUAGGGGGCUUUUCACACCGCCGUAUCGUUAAUAUUAUUCUAUAGUUUUCGAUUUGGAAACGUUGGUAUAUAUAUAUAUAAACUUUGAAUUACAAUUUGAAAAAGAAAAAUAUAUAUAGAUACAAAAACUAUGCAUUUACGUUAUGAAAAUCUUUAUUAAGCAAAAGAAGUGCAUUUUUUUUUUUACUAAAAUGCUUUUUUAACUUUGAACAAAAAGGUAAAAAAAAUGGUGCAAAAAUUAUAAAAGACAGUUCACUGCCUGUAGUUACUGAAGAUUUUUAAGGCUUUCAAGUCACCAUGGUAAAGUGGUGGGGGGGGGGGGGCAUUUUGUGGUGCAAAGAUUUCCGUAAUCCAAUCCCGUCUCAUCAGAGCCAGUGGUGGAAAUUCCACGUUCUAUAUGGAAUGUACAAUCUAUACUAUUAUAUUGGCAUGAGAUGAUGUUGAUGAUGGUUAUAAUUAGGCUACCAAAUGUCUAACCCUUUUCCAUGAAGUCUGUCCCGCUUCCGCUCACCCAAUAAUAUUUUUCAAAAAUUGGGGUUUAUCGCCGGUUUAAAAUACUCUGGCUUCACGGUCAACUCCUUAUACAGGGACUCCUCUGCUUACGAACAUUCGACUCGCGAACUUUCAGAGAUACAAACCUGUCCGUGUGUCCAGUUGCCUGUUCGGACCGAGAGUCGAAAGUUCAACCGCCGAGCAAUAGAUGGUGGUGGCGACAUCUACAUCUGCAGAACGUGAAGAACCAGUGACAUCUACAUCUGCAGGCGCUUAAACAACUUUUAAAGCCAUUCCCCGUCUUCUUGGUUCUUUCGGUAAAGUCACGUAGAAUGGAAAUAAUAAAAGAAUAAAACAUAAUAAAAUCAUUCUCACGACGUUUCGUCCACAACGCAAGCAGCCGUCCUCAGGUGGAGAACAGGUCUGUCGAGACGACAGCGUCUGAAUGACACACCCCAGGCUUGGAGCGUCUAUUUAAGCGUACAAACCGUACAACGUGUUUGUAAUCGACGGGAGUAAAGUUGGGCUUGCGAACAAAUCGACUUACGAGCAGACCUCUGGAACCUAACUCGUUCGUAAGUAGGAGGAGUCCCUGUCUCGACAAAGGGGUGGCGCUAGCUCGCUCUGUAAGCUGCUACCUGUGUAGUGGACAGAGCCUGUGAUGAGCAGCAGUAGGCGGAGCCGAUAUCAAAAAGUGGGCGGGUCCCUGUGACAGUGGGCGGGGCCCUAUAAACGUGGGUUUUACCAUCUUGCAGAUUUGAACACAGGGUGCGAUUAAAACAAUUUUGGCCAGAUAAAUUUGUUAGAGCGAGAAUAGAUUUUGAAAUUUUAAGCUUCUGGAUGGCAGUCAGAGUAUUCUGACCACGGAGCGUACAGGCCGAUAUAAAACAAUAUAUAUAUACCCCCCCUCACCCCACUUUGCCCCAGAUAUAAAAAGGUGCUUUGAUCGUGGUUCUUACAGUGAUAGUAUCCACAUUUAACGUAGAGUAUACAGUACGCUGUGUUGCGUUUUGGUCAAAACGUUUUGAGAGCAAACCGUCCAAAGAAAUGGCUCUCGUUAAAUUUCACACGCAACAGAAUGUUAUAAUUAUGAUAUAGUGUUAUGUAUACCUGUCAACCCCUUAUCAGUGACUACCUUAUUGCAGACCAAUUCAGACUUCAUUGGUCAGCCCGUGCUCUUAAAAAUCUCAACGUUCAUCCUACAAAGUCCCAUCACGGGGGAGAAACACAAACAAAUUUUACAAAAAUUAUUGUUUUUGUGCUCUUAUUGAAACGGCUGUACGCCGUAUGGACCUGAAAACUCAAUUUCCCUGUACAAUAAUACGGGGUAAACAGUAUGGGUUGACAGGUAUGGUUACGUCUAUGAAUCGUGACGUCGGUUUGUGUGUGUACGUGUAAGUCUGGAAUCGGGUCAGGUUGGGUCACAACGCGGUUCACUAACCACUGUGCGCCGCUUCUGCACCCAGUUUUUAGGUUCACGUUAAUGAAAACUUUUUAGUAUUUAAUCCUCGAAGCUUUUUUGACCACAUCUCGUACACAAACGAGCGCGUCUGUGAUUGAUGAUGUCGAUGGUAUAUACCGAGUCAAGACGGAGUUAUUCAAGUCGUAAUCAUGUUCUGUGUUUUUUUUUGGUCUCCAGUUGUGCUGCCUCGCUGGUGUUGUUUUAUUUCUUGUUCUAAACUAACCAAAUUUUUACUAUGAUUCUGGUGUUCCGUGUAAAUGAGGGCUUCAUUUCUCACCCGAUAUUUUCUGGAAUGCUCCUGGGUCUGGCUUGGAGGAGGGAUUCGCGCCGUAAGGCACGACCACGAGAGUAUAGUGUACGCCUCUCCGUAAUAUAUCUUAUAUUUAUCGUAUUUUAUACCGGCUUGAUGGCUCCGCUGUAGAGCAAGGGAAUCGCUUAAAUUUGUAUCACUCUGUAGGGGUAGUCAACGGUGGCUCCGUGGUCGUAAACAGGAGAUGAACACUUCCUCGGUGCUCAUUUCAGCAACAAAUCACCUCGACUUUUUAUAUUCCUAUAAUCCUAUGAACCAGUAUUUUUUUUUUAUUAAUAUGAAAUGCAGCACCACGAGGACAAUAUAAGGCAAGAUGGGCUGUGACGUACCAGAAUUAUUCCCAGAAGAGCCUUCCGGACUGCUCCGGAUGAAAUGAAGCACUCGGGUGUUUGUGGUUGUGCUCGCUGGACUAACUCUGCUUCCACCAGCAAUUGAGGGCAUUGCGCGUUUUCCUCCGAGCAAACGUUCUCUGCGGGUGAAUGCGCGGGAGGUUUUUGUUUUUUACAUUUGACGUUGCGUGGACGCGACCACCGCCGGGCCGUUUUGGACGCUCACUUUGUCGCGUAAGGGAUACACGACCCUUAUCAAAAACCAAUGUGGACCUCUCAAAUUGUCAAGCAAAGCUGUAGUGGUGGUGCCAAGGCAUAAGUGAACUUGGCAAAAAGCAUAGAGCUCCCAAGUCGCUCAAGGGAAUUCUGGUUUCUUGAGGAAAAUAAAUAGUGGUCCGCCAAAUAUCAUCUUGAUGCAUAUAAAACAAAAAGAAACCGCGCGAUUGUUGUGAUAGUAAGUGGUCUAUUGACACCAGUUCACACUAUCGUGGUAUCAUUACUUUGUGUAGCUUGUCCGUAUCAUGUUGGCAGUCACAUGAUGCACUCGGGCAUCAUUUCUGCAUUGCACGUGCUGGUCGGUGACGGCCGCUGUUCGACGAUGCCAGUCUUACGCUUUGAGACGUCCGACGGCGGCGGUGGCUUUUUCUUCCUUUGGAAAUAAAACGCAUCGUUGUUUGAAAUGAA